UGUACACACAAGCAGGAACCCCGCUCGCGACACAACUACGGCUGGCACGCGAGACUCAUUUAGUCAAAAAUGAGUUUUACGUUAGCAUGUUGCUAAACGCUACUCAAUAUAAGUAUAAAGUACACACACUUUAUACUUAAAAAUGAUCGUUUUUAAGUUCAUUAAGCUAAUUUCUGUAGUUGCUUCGUUCGCCAUGUCGGAUUAAUGCGGCCUUCCAGAGGAGUCGGAAACAAGUUGUUGAGACCUUGGAAAGAGCGGGUUGAAGUGAAACAUGGUGGCAAACUGGGGCUGUCUCUGAGUUUGCUGGGAAGAGCUGAGACUCCUGCGUGGCAUGUUCAUGGAAUACCUUCCUGUGGAUCCUGUCCUCUCCCAAACAUCCAAGGGCAGGACUUCCUGCUGUGCAGCUCGGGGCUUUGAAAAUAAGGUCCAAACUGCUCUCCAGAGAGUUCUCAGGAUCAGGCCUCCACAUACUCAACAAGCCAAAAGGGAACAGCCGUGGAAAACACCUCCUGUUACACCAGAAGGUCAACGGCUUUUGGAACAGACCUUUCGUGUGUGCGUGCGGUUACCGAGACAUGGUCGCGAUGACUCCUUCCAGCUCUCUCUUUCUUUCGCUCUUUCUUGUCCUCUGUGUCAACAGGGUCACAUGUCGGCCCCUGGGGAGGAAGCACCUUUAACGGCAUCAGCCAGGCCAGCUGGUGGUGUAACAUGUCAGCCAUGCACUGGGAGGCCCGUCGCCGUCAGCAGGUGCUGGACCGCAGAUUAUCUGCUAGAGUUAUGCAGGAAGGCAACCAAGAUAAAAAGAAAGAAGUGUCUACGGCACCUAUGCCACCCUGUGAACCUGCAGGGUCCAGUGAGGACCCUCCAGGUAAAGCUGCUCAAAAUAACAGAGGCUGACAAGCAAUGCAAUUGCAAGUGUCAUGCCAAGAUGAACAAAAGAUACACAUCUCUGCAGUAUUCCCAGCAAUGGUGAAGAUGAAGGCCAGACUACUGGAUAGCACCAACUCCAAUAUCAAGGUGUAUUUCAUCGAAAACUAGACUUUAUUGUUGGGUUUAAUAAUCCUAAUUAAAACGGAACCGGGUG